AGAGAUCGAGAGGAGGCAGGAGGCUCAUGCAAUGCUCUAAGUAAAGGAACAGAAACGAGGAGGAACAAGGAAAAUAAUAAAAUAUCUUUCGAUUUUCUCUAGUCUCUCUGAUGAUAUUGGACUGAGGGUUCCAUCGAUCGAUUGAGCAAGAGCUAUAUAUUGGGAAACUGAAUAUUUUCCCUUUCUUACCGUUCCCAGAGAGAUAGAAGUUUCGUAAGGCCCUGUGAAGAUCUAGAGGAAAUUGGCAUUGUGCAAUAUAUAAUGGCAGCGAUGGUGGCUAGGGGUAGUAGUAGUGGUACCAGUAGCACCAGUGCUCAAUUGCCUGUGUCGUUAUCAGUCCAAGAGAAAGGAAGUAGGAACAAGAGAAAAUUUCGAGCUGAUCCACCUAUAGUUGACCCAAACAAGCUUCCUUCUUCAGAAUGUCCUGGUUAUGAAUUCUCUGCUGAGAAAUCGCUACAAAACCCCAGUCAUGAACAAUGUGUCUGUGAUCUAUUUGGUCUUAACCAAGACCAGCCCGAUGCUUUAAGACCUGAUGUUAGCUUGUCAGAUACCCUGGGACAAUCUGAAGUCAGAUCCACUCGGCUUAGAGAGGACCUAGAAUCAGAGGAGUUCCAAGAGGCUAACUGGAAUGAUCUUACAGAAAGCCAGCUUGAAGAACUUGUUUUGGAUAAUUUGGAUACAAUUUUCAAGACCGCCAUUAAAAAGAUUGCUGCGUGUGGGUACAACGAAGAGGUUGCCACAAAGGCUGUUUUGAGGUCUGGCCUUUGUUAUGGUUGUAAGGACACUGUAUCAAACAUUGUUACUAAUACAUUAUCAUUUUUGAGAAAUGGUCAAGAUAUUGAUUCCUCAAGGGAGAACUUCUUUGAGGACUUACAGCAGCUGGAGAAGUAUAUAUUGGCAGAAAUGGUUUGUGUGCUUAGGGAGGUUAGGCCAUUCUUUAGUGUUGGAGAUGCAAUGUGGUGCUUGUUGAUAUGUGACAUGAAUGUAGCCCAUGCUUGUGCAAUGGAUGGUGAUCUUUUGACUAGUUUUGAUGGUGAUGAGGCCCCUGGGGGUAGUUCCUCUGUUUCUACACUUACCCAAUUGAAAUCAGAGGCAAUUUGUUCUGAACUCAAUCUCCUAAAUCAUAACAAACCAAAUCCCGUAUUUGCUUGUCCUCAUGCAUCUCAAUCUGAAACACCAACUGUGACAGGUAUCCCAAAUUUACCAAAUCCCCGCAACCCCCUUGUUCUUGAAGGGCUACCCCGAGAGAAAGAAGGCCAAAUUUCCCAAUCUGAUAAUGCAGAGAAAUCCUCCAAUGUUACUGGGAACCGUGUCCAGACCAAAUCCCAGUCUUCUGCUUUAGAGGAAAAGCCAGCAGGAGGUAGAAAGGGUCAUUCAAACAGUUCAAAAAGAGAGUCAAUCCUCCGGCAGAAAUCACUUCAUCUGGAAAAAAACUAUCGUGCAUAUGGGUCUAAAGGGGCUCUGAGAACAGGGAAGCUCAGUAGUUUGGGUGGUUUGAUUUUGGAUAAAAAACUGAAGUCAGUCUCUGAUUCUAGUGGUGUAAAUUUGAAGAGUUCUUCCUCGAAGACAAGUAAGGUUGUGGGAGUUAAUGUGUCUCAAGCUGAUGGAAUCCAUGAUCUUUCAAUAAAUGCUGGAACCUGUACACCCUCAUCUUUUAACCCAAAAACUUCCAAUACUCAUACACUGCCUACAGAAAAUGCCCCAUCUGCAUUUACUACAGCCAAUACCCCAUCUGCACUAUCUUCAGCCAAUACCUCAUCAACAUUGCCUGCAGCAAACACUGAGCUUUCUCUCUCGUUGCCUUCAGGAAGCGACACUGCUUCAAAGUCCCUCAGCUGCAAUACUGAUGGCAGUUUACUUGGGAUUCCUUAUGACAAGACCUUGGGUAGGUGGGUUCCACAGGAUGAGAACGAUGAGAUGAUGCUGAAAUUGUUUCCCCGGGUGAGAGAGCUACAGAACCAGCUCCACGAGUGGACUGAAUGGGCCAAUCAGAAGGUCAUGCAGGCUGCUCGUAGGCUGAGCAAGGACAAAGAAGAACUUAAGAGCCUGAGGCAAGAGAAAAAAGAGGUAGUGCGUCUCAAGAAAGAAAAGCAAACACUUGAGGAGAACACCAUGAAGAAGCUAUCUGAGAUGGAGUAUGCACUGGGUAAGGCUACAAGCCAGGUUGAGAGGGCUAAUUCAGCUGUUCGCAGGCUUGAAGUGGAGAAUGCUGAGCUGAGGCAGGAGAUGGAGGCUGCUAAGGUACGUGCUGCAGAGUCUGCUACAAGCUGUCAGGAAGUAUCAAAAGGGGAAAAAAAGACGCUGAAGAAGUUCCAAUCAUGGGAGAGGCAGACAGCCCUGUUUCGGGAAGAUCUUGUUACUGAGAGGCGGAUGCUGGCUCAGCUGCAACAGGAACUAGAACAAGCUAAUGAUUUGCAAGAUCAACUUGAGGCUAGAAGGAAACAGGAAGAGAAAGCCAAGGUAGAGUUUCUGACGUUGGCCAGUUUCAUAAGAAAAGAAAGAGAACAAAUUGAAGGUUCUAUGGAAAAGGAGGAAGACAUGAUCAGGCUGAAAGCCGAAAAUGAUCUUCAGAAAUAUAAAGAUGAUAUCCAGAUGCUUGAGAAUGAGAUCUCUCAAUUGAGAUUUAAGGUUGACUCCUCAAAAAUUGCCGCGCUACGGUGGGGCAUUGAUGGGAGCUACUCUAGCUGUCUGACAGAUGGAAAAAGUGCAUCAGGUCUCAAAGGGAUCCAGUCCCCGUCUAAAGCGGACACAAUGGCUAAUUUCCAGGAUUGCUUGGGAACUGGAAGCUUGAAACGUGAAAGGGAAUGUGUAAUGUGCUUAUCUGAAGAGAGGUCUGUGGUUUUCCUUCCAUGUGCUCAUCAGGUUGUUUGCACCAAGUGCAAUGAGCUGCACGAGAAGCAGGGUAUGAAGGAGUGUCCUUCUUGUAGGACCCCCAUCCAGCAGCGUAUUUGUGUACGCUAUGCUCGCUCUUAGAUUAUAUACACCUACCUUGGUUAACUAAGUUGGGUCAUCUGAAUAAUGAAUUGUUUGGACCCUAGGAAUGAGUAAUGCAUCUGAAACCAUUUCUUUUGAGGAGUUAAGACAGUUAAGUUUCCUUACAAAAUAUGAGUUUUUACUGAAUGUUUUAUGAUUUCCCUCGCUUGGGUGAUAUAUUAA